AUGAGCAAUCGCCAGAAGACGUUAGGUGUACCAAGCCAUCUUUAUGCAAAGCAUGCCGCGUCUAACUCAUUCGCCCAGUAUCGUCCCAGUCCAGCCCAGUUUGCUGCAUCUCCAGAGAUGAUAUGUCGAGGCACCAUCUUUCUCCGUCAUGAACUGCGCGUUUGGCAAAAUCUUGAUGUUGAGAUCCUCCACCCCAUAAGCGGGAAAAAGAGAGCCGGUGGUUUUAUGAUUCCCAUUCUCGAUCCCGGUCGCCUCAUCACCGGUUCCGAUUUCGAUCUCCGUUAUCUCGACUUCCUUCCCCAAUCCUGCAUGACGGCGUCCCGAGCACAGAAGAACUCCUACAACCUACCUCCAAGAAAGCUCUCUAGACCAUCUCUCCCAAGAUCGCAGGAACCAUACUCACAGCGUGAUGUUGCUGAUAGAAUGGAUGUCAAUCCAGAGCCUGUAGCUCCUACGUUGCGUAAACCCCCAAGCACACCCGGUCGUCCCCCUCAAAACCGUGCAUCAGUCCAGGCUCAUCUCUCCCAACCCACUCCAUCGAGCAACAAGCAUCACGCUGGCGCAACUGCACGGAAGAACGAUGUUGCUCCUGAAUUUUUACCUCAUCCAUCAGGACACCAAGAUGCCCGUGAUGAUAGCGGUAGUGGUGAUGGUACGCCUGUCCUUCUUUCGCAGUUGUCGAACCUUCCUGCCAACGCGCCGCCUGCUUCGUUGUCUUUUCAUCCUUCUCUCAAGCGGCGCUCAGAUGUGUUGAUGCCUCUCGGGGAAGAACGUACGUCGGAUAUAGGACAUCAACGCGAAAGAAUUUGGAGCUUGCUUGCCGAUUCUAUCGCUACAUGCACCGAUGAAGGGAACAUGUUAGCUGGAGAGGAAACUAUCGCUUGUCCGUGCGGUACGCUGGGCGGAGGUACAGAUAAAUACAGAAACGAAAGUAAAGCAGAACAGCCCACCAAUACAUCGCCGUGCCUCGUCAUCAACCCUGGAAGCGUCGACGCGCAUCCCGCCCCUUCAUCAGGACUACCCCUAAACCUAAACCCUAUUUCAUCGCCGCACAACUCUAAUGAAUAUAGGAACAGAAUAACCGCACCAUCAACAUGCACUUCCACAGACAUGCGGGCAGUGUUGUUGCAGAGACUUGAAGAGGAGCAGCGAUUGGCUCAGAGAUAUGUUACAACCCCGAUCUCACACUCUGCGUCGUUAAUUGUAGAUCCCCCGUUGACACGUUCUCUGGGUAGUGGGCUGAUCAGCUCAACAAGUACAACGCGACCUGUGGAAGACUGAGUCAGCCGGGCAACACUGAGUUCCUGCAUCAUGCUCUUAUGGACUGCGAGUCUGACUACGUCCUGUAAUCUUCCACAGCCAUCCAAAAUCUCGUAGACUAGGCUAACUUGUAAGCCCAAAGAGUGUCACAGUUAUGUGGUGUCCUUGAACGUCCGAGUCCGGUUUGCAGAGUCGAUAGCCUUAGCUGGUAUGGUAUGCUGAUUUGGACUCUUGCGUGUGAGAGAUCCGGGAUGUAAGCAUAAUUUCUUCGAAUACGUUGCCUUGUGAUGAAAAUUUGAAAUCAAC